AGGCUGUGAGCGCCUCGGGAGGGGACACCCUGAUGAGCCUGUAUCUCCCCCAGCGCUCAGAACAGCGCCUGGCACGUAGCGAGCGCCCAACAGAUACCGGCGUCGUGAUCGUUAUUCGAAUCAGGCUGGGCACACUGGAUGGGAUGCUCCCGGAGGGAGCGGGAGGAGGAGUUUCUCUGGGUGGUGGGGGAGGGCCCUGGCCGCUCUCCGCUGUUUAAAGUUUGGGCUCGGGAGCGGAGGGGCUCAGUCGAGGGAGAAAGGCUCUCUCCGAAGUGGGGGGCGCAACCUACGGCUCAGGGCCCCCACCGAGAUGCUGGAGGCGGGAGCUCUCCUCCUCUUCGUCCUGAUUUGGGGUCCCGUCGAGGGGCGGGGGAUCCCCAAGGUGGAAGAAUGCUCCGCCCGCUGCUCCGAGGGAGUUUCCUGCAGGAGCGCCCCUACCACCGACAUUGCCAACAGCUUCUGCAGGGAGCCCCCCGCCUCCUUCCCGCUGGCCCUGCUGAAGAGUCUGGUGGGGGUUCCGGUGCUGAGGUGCCCCCCGGGCGGAGCCUGCUCCCUGCACCUCAGGGUCCGAGCCAACAUCACCCUGACGGGUAGGAGAAGGCCCCGGGGCUCCCUGGGGACUCUGGGGAGGGCUUCGGGGAGCAUCUUUGACCAUGAGCUCGUCCAAGGUGUGGAAGUUUGCGCCCUGGCGCUGGACACGCAGCACUCCGACUGUGUGAGCAUCUGGUUCCCCCGGGGCCUGGGCCGGCGCCUGGACGGCAGGAACUUGCAGGUGCAGAGCUCCUGCUUGGACGCGGGGGUGGGUCAGCAGCUCCACGUGACCCUGACCACCAUCCCCAGCUUCUGCAGUGUCGAACUGACCCAGCUGCUCCAGUUGCCCGACUGUGAAAAUGAAGAUCUGGAGAAGAAUAUCCCUAUGUGUUUUGUGGGCAAGUUGGAGUGGGAGGUGGACCGGGUCGGCCGGAACAUCAUGGUGCGCCUGGCGCAGCUGCCCGAAGGCCUGGACUAUCACGUGCGCCUCUGCCGCAAGCGCUUCUCCUGCGAGGAAGAGGGGAGACCCGCCCUGGUUAGGUGGAAGGAGAAGGAGAAGACUGUCUCGCUGUCUUAUACCCGGCUGCUUCCGUGCCUGUGCAUUGAGGGCUGGUCGGCAGUUCUGGAUGCGAGGAGACUCCAAAUCUGUCCCUUCAAAAAUGAGACGGACGCCCUGUGGGAUGCUGUCUGGUUCAACCCCCUCACCCAGGGGUUGGUGUGGGAGCCGCCCUGCCCCACCCAGGCCCGGAUCCAUCUGUGCCAGGGGUCGGAGUCUGGGGACCGGUGCGCUGAGCUGCCCGAGACGACCCGGACCACCCAGGGGAAGGUGGCUUAUUCCAGGGUGGACCCCCACCCCCGCCUCUGCAUCAAGGUAAGUGCACCUUCUGCCCGACGCCAGCCUGCUGACUCUGAACCUGCCGCCUUAUUUCUAUGACUCUCCCCCUUGGGACCCGUUCUUCUUCCCCUGAGAAACCUGUUCCUUAUCCCAGGAAGGAAGAGGGAGAGGGGAUGGAUCCUUAGGGGAGGAAUGGAUCCUUGGAGUGGGAGAUGGAAUCUGGAAUGGGAGAGGGUGCCUUUGGGAGAAUUCCCAGAAGCUAAACUGGAAUUACUAGAUUGUAAAAUUCUUCAGGGUAGGCAUCUCCUCUACCUUUUUUUUCCUAAUGGUAUUUCUUAAACACUUACAAUAUGCCAAGCACUGUAUUAAGCGCUGGGGUUAUUAAGCGCCGUCGAGUCGUUUCCGACUCCUAGAGACUCCAUGGUUAUAUUUUCUUCAGAACAUCCUGUCCUCUGCCAUAAUC